AUGGCACUCUUUGAUAUGGUUAUUGGAAAUACUGGAGAAGGUAAACAUGAAGAAAUUUUUUUUAAAAAACGAGGAAAAUUGUUCUAUUUCUAUGCUGGCCAAUGGAAGGAGAAAGGUGUAGGAUAUAUACAAAUUAUCUUUUACAGAAGGCUUAAAACCGCAUUUUUAAAGAUUACCAAGCAGAAUUGUACGCACCUGAUGGUUCCAACAUAUUAUGUCUACCAGCGUAUUUCGUCUUGUAUGAAAAUUCAUCCAUUUCAAAAGUCCGACAAAGCCUUCAGUUGGUUUGCUGAAAAUGAGCUGAGAUAUGAACAUUUAUGCAUUUGCUUUAAAACUGUCGAUAUUGCAGCGGCAUUCAAGGCUGCCUUUGAGAAAGUGUUAAAUAUAUUAAAAGAAAACAAAAUUGGAAAUAUAACUAAUCCAGUUAUCAAAUCUACAACAGAUACUUAUCCUGUUACACAGCAGCCAUAUGGAACUCGUUCGUUACCUAAAGCUGAUUCUUGGACUUGUCCAGUUUGUUAUACUAAUAAUGCUGCUGAUAAACUUGUAUGUGUUGCAUGUCAAGCCAAGAAGCCUGGUUCUCAAGCUACUUCAGCUUCUAAUAGUAUAACUACUAUAACUAGUAGUACAAAGUCAAAUGCAAACCUUUUUACCUUCAACAUGAAUGCUGCAUGUUCAGUCAGUUCUCCAAAGAGUACUUUUAGUGGUUUUACAUUUUGGCCUAGCGCAGUGCUUAAAGAAGUAAAACCUGCUUCUACUAGCAUACCUAUCGCAUCAAGUUCUGGUAACUCAACUGCGAAUCAGUUUACCCUCGGGGAAAAUUCUGCAGUUUUUGCAUCCGUCAUUAAUCAAAAUAAUAUGUUUGAUGGUUUGACUUUCUCUACUGUCCCAAUGAUAAAAGAUAAAAAAACUGUCUCUCCUAGUAUAUCUGUAGCAACCAGUACAAGUAACUCAACUGCAAAUCUGUUCAGUUUCAACCAAAAUUCUGCAGUUAUUUCGUCAGUUAGUGAACAAAGAAAUAUUUCUCAGGGUCUGACGUUUUUUACGGGACGAAGAAUAAAAAAAACGAAAACUGAUACCAAAGCUAGAGGAACAUUAGUUGCUUCAACAAAAUCUGAAAAGUGCCAAGCUAGUUCAUAUUUUGGAUUUUCUUGCGUGUCUUCGCACUCCACAGCUGUGACUUCAUCUCUUGCAGGUUUAAAACCUGUCUGUCAUUAUGACAGGAACCAGUCUGUCAUUACUACAGGAAGAUCAGCAGCAAGUACUGAAAAUAAUAUAUCAAAAAUGAACUCUGUGUUACCGAACAUCAGUUUUGUUAACACCCUAUAUUCAAGAAGCUCAGAAAGUUUUGCUACAUUUUCAAAUUACAAUGUAUGUGCUUCGAAUUGCGCCUCUUCAUCAAAUGUUUCUGCUUACAGUUUACCAUCACAUAAUAAUGUCUCGACUGAGGAUCAGAAAAUGUCAACUAAUAUCAUUAAUGAUUUCGCUUACAAAUUUGCGACAGCUGCUGAGGUUAAACCAAUUGUUUCUCUGCCUGCUUUAGUUGAGGUAAAGUCUUCUGAAGAUGAGAAAGAGUUGUUUGGUGAACAAGCCAAAUUGCUCCGAUUUGACUUUGAUGAAAAGGAAUGGAAAAAGUACUGUACUGGAGAGUUAAAAAUAUUGUAUCUUAAAGCUAGAAAAAUGGGUAGGAUUUCAAUGCGAACGGGAAAAUUAUGUACUAAUCAGUACAUCUUUCCUCAUAUGCAGCUCACUCCAUUAGCAAAUAAUAAUGAGGCUUGGAUUUGGUAUGCGGAAGAUGUUUCUGAUGGAGAACUGAAGAAAGAAAUGUUUGCUGCGAAAUUUAAAAGUACAGAAAUAGCCCAAGAGUUUUUAAAAACUUUCCAUGCUUGUCAAUCCAAGUUGGAUGAAAUAACUGAGGAAAAGAAAUUACAUCUGGAUGAUAAAUUUCAACCAGGUGCAUAUAUGGGGAAUAAGAAAAUUUUUGAUGAACAACCUAGUACUUGUACAGAAAAGGCAUCUCCAGGCUUGCUGGGCACUAUCAAACAUUCUUCAGUAGGUUUUCCUUCUGAAAUAAAACCACUCACUCAGUCAACAGCUCUUCCAUUUUUUGGAUUGUCAUCUGUUGCUGAAGCAAGUGCAACUGCAGGUUUUAAAUCUGUUUUUCCUGCGAAUAAUGCUGCCCGUGGAGGUUUAACUCAAAAAUCUGAAAUAUCAGAAAUCAAAUCUGUCCCAAUACCUCUUGCAACCGAUUCUUUUGAAAGCUCGGCAUCUCUAUCCAAGUUUAAUGUAGACUUAUCAGCAUCAAGUAAAAAGUCUGAUGCCAGUCUCUUUGGAAGUAUUGAGAGGCCAAAGGGAUGCGAGUUUAACUUUAAAGGUAGUCUUUAUGGUAAUGCAAAAACAUUGAUGGCAUCAAUACCUACACCAUCCUGUAUUGAUGAUGAUGAUGAAGAAGAUGAAGAGGAUUCAUUUGAUAAAUGUUUACCGCCUGAUGUUCCUUUACCACCUGAGGCUGACGACAAUUUUCUAAAUGAGAUUGAAGAAGUAACGUUUUACGGGCCAGGAAUACUGUUCUCAUUUAGCGAUGGAGAUUGGAAAAAACAAGGAAUAGGGAACAUAAAAAUUUGUGUUUACAGACUUACCAAGAAAGCCCCCCGUUUGUUGAUGCAAGAAGAAGGGGUAUCAAACUUAUGUGCUGAUCAUUAUUUUACUUCUAAUAUGGAAUUACAUGGUUUAAAAAACUCUGAAAGAGUUUUCUUUUGGCUUGCAGUAGUUCAUACUGUUGAAGGAAUGAGACUUCAAAAUCUUUGCGUAUGCUUUAGGACUAUUAAUAUUGCAGCUGCAUUCAAAACUGCCUUUGAAGAAGCAUUAAAGAUAGCGAAAGAAAAUGAGGCUGAAGUCAAAUCUACAACAAAUGCAUCUCCUGUUACACAGAAGCCAUUUGGAGUUACAUUUUUACCUAAAGCUAGUUCUUGGACUUGUCAAACUUGUUAUGUUAGUAAUGCUGCUGAUAAACUUUUAUGUGUUGCAUGUGAAACCAAGAAACGUGGUUCUCAAGUUACUGCAGGUUCUAAUAGUAUAUCUGUUUCAACUAGUAUCACUAACUCAACUGCAAAUCAAUUUACUUUUAGCAUAAAUUCUUUUAGUCAGCGGUUCAAAGUUACUUCAGUCAGUGGUUCAAAGAAUACUCUUGGUGUUUCUACAUUUUCUGCCAGCCCAGUGAUGCCAGAAAAAAAAUCUGUUAUCAAAAGCAGAGCAAUGUUAUUUGCUGUAAGAAAAAAAUACGAAAAAACUUGUUGUAUAACAGAAGUUACUGCCCCAAAACCUUGGCCAUUUUCUGGAUUUUCAUUUAAAAGCCCACCAACUGCAGUUGUAUCUUCAUCUUCUACCGUGCAGUUUAUUGAAAGUACAGAAAGUGCAAAAGCAAGAGUUGAAAAUAACAUUUCAAAAAUACACUCUAUGUUACAGACAAUUACUCCUGAUGAUAUGUUUGGUUCAAAAAGUGCUGAAAGUGUUGCUACUUUUCCAAAUUUCAGCAUUAGUGUUUCAAAGAGCUCCGCAGAAUUGACUGUUCCUACUUCUAGUGCACCACUAUUUGUUAAUGUUUCAGCUGAGGGGCGAAGGGUUUCUAUUGAUGCUGCCGAUGGUGCUCCUGAAGAAUUCGUUCGAACUGCUGAGUUCAAACCUAUUGUUCCACUUCCUGCUUUGGUUGAUGUGAAGACUGUUGGAGAAGGAGAAGAAAAACUGUUUGGGGAACGAGCUGAGUUAUUCCGAUUUGACCGUGAAGGCAAAGAAUGGAAAGAAUGGGGUAUUGGUGAGUUAAAAAUAUUGUUUUUAACUGAUAGCAAAAAAUACAAAAUUUUAAUGCGAAGAGAGCAAGUUCUGAAAAUAGGUGCUAAUCAUUAUAUCUUACCUGACAUGAAACUUACACCACUAGCACUAUGAUCAAGCUUGGUUUGGUUGCUCAAGA